AACUGCGCUUGAAAACCGGAACUAGCGAUCGAAGAUACUGCUAGUGAAGUUCAUUUUACGUUGUAUUUGUGUGUAUUCUUUGAAACGCUUUUAUCAAACGAAUAUGUACGUAUCAUUUUGUUUACUAAUUUGUUGUGAUAAAUAUAUCAGGCAUUUGAAAAUACACUGAAAAAAAAAUGUGACUGUGAUUCGGUUGUGUCUGAUUCGCCAUUUUACAGUGACUAAUUUUAAAUUUGUCAGUACAUUUGGACAAACAACUAACAAAGUAUAUAUGCAGAUUGCACAUCCUUACCCGUUAUAGCAUAUUCUAAAAACUGUACAAUAAAUGUAUAUAUUGUAUAUACUAAAGUAAAUAUGGAAAGAUCGCGAGACUACUCUCCACGAGGAAGAACUAUGAGUAUAUCUCCGGAAAUUUAUAGAAGAGAUUCUCCAGAUUACAGACACAGAAGUAGAUCUUGUUCUAGGUCGCCAAAUUACAGAAGACAUAAUGGUUACCGAUCUCCUACCUACCAUAAAAAAUCAUAUCAUCAUGAAUACAUUGAAGCUCGUAGGGAAAGUGAUUACGACAGCGAUAGGGAAUAUCGGCGAGACAGGGAACAUUCGUGGGAGGUGGAACGUGAGAGAAAAAGUAGGUCCCGUAGUAGAGAUAGGGAUCGAAGUAGUAGAUACUACAGAAACAGGGACCGAGACCGUGAACACCACAGGGCGAGGAGAAGAUCGAGAAGUGGCUCACGCUGGGAAAGGAAAUCGGAAGAUAGAAAAGUUCGGGACAGAGACAGAUACCGCGACGAUGAUAGGGACAGUGAUAGUGAGAGAAGCCCUAACGGAGCCGUCAUAGGAGCUAGUGGGUCCGAAAUUAUUGGGUAUAAAAGUCAGCCACCAAACAACACGAUCAUGAUCAGGGGUCUAGCUCAGCAUAUAACCGAGAACGAUAUAAGGCAGGACAUUAUUCAAUGCGGUUUGAUGCCAAAGGACAUUCGGUUGAUCAGGAAAAAAGAUACAGGUGCUUCCCGCGGUUUCGCCUUUGUCGAGUUUGCCACACUGGGUGAGGCCAUACGAUGGAUGGACAUAAAACAGGGAGUUUUGAUGCUUCAAGACCAAUAUCGCGCGAUCAUGCAAUAUAGUAUACCGAAGGACGUAAAUGCUUCUGAGAAACCACCAACGCAUAAAGCGUCGGCCGACUGGUUCUGUAUAAAAUGUGGAGCACAGAACUUUAAAAGGAGAGAUAACUGCUUCAAAUGCCACGCGUCGAGAAUGGAGAGCGAAGAAGGUGGAAGUGGUAGUGACGAAAUUUGUACCUAUGCCACCAAAACAAUUAUGAUGAGAAAUUUGGAUGCGCUAACAACAGAGGACUCCGUUAUGGCAGUUUUAAACAACAUAAUACCUGAUUUGGUAAAAUCAAUAUCGGCGGUGUGUAUUGGUCGAGAUCCGUUAACUUCGACAUCGAGAGGAAUAUGUUACCUGGGUACCGAAAGUACAAUCGAUGCCUUAGCUAUAUACGGAGCACUCAACAGUUCAAAAACACCUCUUAUGAUAGAUGGUAAAACAGUGAUAUUAUCGUACUGCAAGUAUAAUAUGGGCGACACGAAGAAAGCAUAUUCUCAAGCCGACCACGCAGCAUUUCCAAACGCAUCCGUACCCAGUACUUACGCCAUGACUGACGUAGAUAGUUUAGCAGAGUACGCUGCAAGAAGAUACGCUAAAACUCCACAAGAAUACAUGCACUACAUUGAAUAUUACAGAGCAUUUUUCACUCAACAGAUCAGUGCUGGAAAUUCUAUUACACUGCACCAAGAAAAUCAAAUGGAUGCAGCCAAUGCAGCUGCGGCUGUUGCACAAUCAGCCAUUCAACAAAUGAACGCCAAUAAAUCGUUUUACGACAACACCCAUCUAGUUGUUCCCACGGGCACCGAUGGAAAAAAAUAUCCUGUGCCCGAUGUAUCUAAAUACGUGUACGAUAAAACCACAGGCUAUCAAUACGAUCAAACUACCGGGUUGUAUUACGACCCGAAUUCAAAUUAUUACUGGAACAAUGUUAUACAAAAAUACUUAUAUUGGGAUCACGAGAAAUCAACCUACAUGCUUGCCCCAACCUACACCGAAAACAUGAAUAGUCAACAGCAAGCUCCCAGCGGAUCCGCGACAACUCAAGAACCCGAGAAACAAAAACAGAGAACGGAGAAGCAAGACAAAGUCAAAGUAGCGAAGAAAAUUGCCAAAGACAUGGAACGGUGGGCUAAGACUCUCAAUCAAAAGAAAGAAACGUCCAACAUAAAAGCAAUGACGGAUAACAACACCACUUCAAGUAGCGCCUCUGCCGAUAUAGGCUUUUCGGUGUUGGAAAAGAAAAGCGUGGCUCUUGCAUCAACUCCGUUCUUCAAGCAAGAGCUGGUUGAGGAACCUCCAACGCCUUCAUCGGCACCCUUGGUAGCCGCGUACGGAGGUGAAAGCGAAUCCUCGGGAGACGAGGAUAACGUAGAGGAACUGUUAGAUUACGCUAAACUGAUCUGUAACCUCUGUAAGCGCCAACUGGGAUCUGCCGAGGCCUUAACCAAACACGCCAAACUUUCCACGCUGCACAAACAAAACUUGGAAGCCCGAAAGAAGAAAAAGAGCGAUGUUAAAGAAAAAAUAGUUUAUCGUGACAGGGCCAAGGAAAGACGCAUGAAAUACGGCGAUCCCGAAGAACCACAACCUAGUAAACUUAAAGAAAAGUAUUUAAAAUCGAGAGAAAUGGAAAUGCCGAUGGCAACUUCGUCAGUUUCUGAACCUAUCGGAUCGGAAAAUGUUGGCAAUAGACUUCUGCAGAAAAUGGGCUGGACUGAGGGACAAGGCUUGGGAAAGCAGAAUCAAGGCAGGACAACUAUUAUACAGGCUGAGCAACAUAGUAGUACUGUAGGACUUGGAAACAAACUGCCGGGUUAUACCGCGUUAGCUGGAGAAUCAUACAAAGACUGUGUUAAGAAAAUGAUGUACGCACGCUAUCAAGAAUUAACCGAAAAAGAGAACAGUAACUAAAAUUCAAGUGUGAACGUUAUAUUUUCGUCAUCAAAUGAGAAUAAAUUUUAUGUUUUUUUAUUAAGUGAAAUGAAUAAUAGUGCGUGCCAAUGUAUGUUUGGUUAUUUUAUUUAACUGAGUGUGUCUAAUAACAUUUAUUGUACAUUAAGUGUAAUAUAAUCGCAUUAAGUUUUGUAUAUAUUAAUAUUUUUGUUUUUACACUUGAAUAAUUUUACUUCUACUGUGCCUCUGAAUUGUAAAUUAACAAAAUAUAAAGAAUAUAAGAUACCUUGAAAGAAAGCAGCAAAUUUGAAAUAUUACUGUGAUAGUUUCUUUUGAAAAUCGAACUUUUCUGCAAAACUGGCCUUUGAAGUUAAAAUUAGUCGAGCUGUACAUAUUCUGAUGUAGAUAUUACGAGAAUAAGAAUUUUUCUUUUUAUCUUAUAAUGAAUCAUAUUCAAAUUCCAUUCAGUAUAUAAAGCUUAUUAUGUAUAAGAUUUUUUUACACAUUCGAGAUUAUUAAGUACAUUGUAUUUAUUUACUUUAGAUAUUAAAUAAUGUAUAAAGUUAAAUUCCUGUAAUCGAUCAGAAGAAAACUCGGUGUGGAAGUUUGUAGAGCUUAAAAUUUUUAUUUCUGUCUAAAACUUCACAUACAAAAUUUUGAGAACUGUAUUCACUAAAGUAAAUAAUUACUGCCUUGAGUAAUAAAGUUAAUUUAGAAUAA